AUGAGACUGGCCGCGUAUACUGGGGCCUCAGUGGUCCUAGCCACUGGUGUGUUUCUAAAAGCUCUUCAUCAGAGGUCCAAUUUCUAUUCGGCAUGCGUCUAUCUCUCUCAGAGUAGUGCGAAUCUUAUGAUCCUCACGAAUUUAUGUCUUCUCGUUACCGGCUUUGUACUAUUCUGGUUCCAGCGACUUCUGUACGGACCCUUACGACCAAUCGAGACCGAGCAACUAUACGAGCGGGCCUGGUUCGCCGUCACAGAGACAUGUCUGGCCAUGACCAUCUUCCGAGGCGAACUUGGAGGCUGGUUCCUGGUCAUGUUCAUUUCGCUGCUGGUCGGCAAAGUCUGGGGUUGGAUUGGCGAAGGCCGCGUUGAGUUCUUAGAGCAACAGCCGCCGGCUAAUCCUCGGUUGUUCCAUGCUCGCCUGGCGGUAUCUCUCGUGCUAACGGUGUUAUUUAACUCCUUCAUGUUGCGGUACUGUGUGCAGACCGUCAUUACCCAGGCACGGCCGGAUAUGAUGGUCAUGUUUGGAUUCGAAUUCGCCAUCUUGACGAUCCUCUCGAGCUCCACCCUCCUCCGAUACGCUAUCGCGUUGACCGAGAUCUCCAUAACUCGCCAGCAGAUAAAGGCUAAGAUGCAAGAACGUCGGGAUGAGAUCCGCAUUGCGCGUGUCGAGGCGAUUCGAGAGCAUGCCCGCUUGGGAGCUACCUCCCCCCUGACGAUCUGCCUGACGAAAACGAUAUCAACGAGAUGGAGAUUGACGUGCCCGGAUGGGAAGAGAAGGGUCGUUGGUAUUCUGCUCACUUUCUAUGGCCUCCCCAUCCACAUCCUGCGGGACGUUGUUGUGACCAUCCGCUCGUUUGCCCGCCGCAUUAUGGACUUCUUGCGUUACCGAAAUGCGACAAGGGAUAUGCACCAGAGAUAUCCGGAUGCAACGGCAGAGGAAGUCUCCCGGGAAGAUGUCUGUAUCAUCUGCCGCGAGGAAAUGAUCCCAGUCCAACCAGCGCAACCGCAACCAGCGGCCGAUGCUGCUGGAGAACCUGCACCACAGCCGGCCGCUGGAAGCCAGCGUGUUCCUGACCGUUUACGUCCAAAGAAGCUCCCAUGUGGCCAUAUCUUGCACUUUUCGUGCCUCCGAAGCUGGCUUGAGAGGCAACAAAACUGCCCGACAUGUCGACGUCCAGUUAUCGCGCCCACGCGAACUCGAGGUGCUGCUGGAGUUGCAGGCAACAACGCACGUGGAGGUCAGAAUGGCAUCCAGCCAGGUCAACAAGGUGCAGAUGCACAACCACGUGCUCGGGUCUAUCAGUUUGGGCCCUUCCGUGUCGGCUUUGGGGCUGUGCGUGGAGAUCUAUUCAACAACCUUCAGCCACGGGGUGAUCAAGGUCAUGGCCCGCAGCCUGGGGCAAACCCGCCUGCGAAUGCGCCUGGAGGACAAAUUGGGUUUGGAUUCGGGUUCGGGCGCCGUCCCCAAGCCCCCGCCCCCGCUCUUGCCCCACAAGGUGCAGGUCCGGGGGGAUCUAUUGCUGCUGAAAUCAAUGAUCAGUUGGUGCAGAUCGAGCAACGGCUCAAUCAUGAGAUUGCCACUCUUCGAGCUGCCACCGAACAUCUAAAUCACGUGCGACAGCUUCGCGUGGAACUAGAGCGGUUGCUUGCUCAAGCAAGGGCUGUUAACCAAGAUGCUGCCGGCCAAGCAGUCCCGCCUCCCAACGUGAUCCCAGAAUCUUCGGUCUUCGCCACGGGCCACCAAUAUGGCACAGACCCAAGCAGUGAUGUUCUAAACUCGGGAGACCCUCGUCUACCUGAAGGACUCACUCUUCCCCCUGGUUGGACCCUCCUACCUCUCCAGCGCGUGGAUAAUGGUGCCAACAGUCUGGCACAGACAGUACAGCCCACGCCUACUACAGUGAUAUCCCCAUCUGCGCCAGCCGUGGCCAGUGCUAUAACUUCUCAGACCCCCACAUUCCCAAUGCCUGUUCAAGAUCAGACGAGCGGAAAUGUCGGGGUAAAUGCCCACGGCACCACCAAUGCUGAAACUUCUCCCGUAAAUGGGGCCUCUAGUCUACCGGUAUUGCAACCCACGCCCACCGUCCCUUCGGAUAACCGUGCAGACUCCCCGUCUCAAGAAUGGACCGACGUUGCCCCUCGAGGGUCAUUUGAGGCCAAAUCAUCUUCUUCCAUUCCUACUACAUGGGGUAGCAAUGGGGAAUCUGCAAAUAGUGCUUCUGGUCAAGCCGAGUCUCCUGAGUCCGCAUCCAACGGCAAACGCCGGGUUGCAUCAGUUGAAGAAACGCCCGAUGAAGAAGCUUGA